AUGCUCCGCAUGUCCAACUUCCUUUCCCUCUCCUCCCAGCUGACUUUUGAGUCGACUCAAAAGUCGACUCCGCAAUGCUCCGCAUGUCCAACUUCCAUUCCCUCUCCUCCCACGAUCCUCCCCCGCCCUCCCUGCUCCCCAAAUCCCGGCCCCGCGGCCCCGCCGACCAGCAACCUCCUAAAGAACCCGCGAUUCCAGGACGGCCUGUCGUCGUGGCUGGCCUUCGGCGAGUCGUCAUUACGCCGCGUGCAGGCCGCGAACUACUCGUACGGCGUGUCGUACGCGCGGCGCGAGGAGUCCGCGGGGCCGGCGCAGAUAAUACGUAACUUGCCGGCCGCGGCGUACGAGCUCGCGAUCUGGGUGAAGCUAGGUGCCGCCAGCGGGCCGGCCGCUAAAACUGCCGGCUUGCCUCCCGCCGGCCGGCAGUACGUGAACGCGAUGGCGAAGAUCGACGGCAAGUACGUGUGCAUCGGCGGCGCGAACGCGCGGCCGUCGUGCUGGACGAAGGUGAUUGGCGGAUUCACGCUGCAUCGGACGGCUAGCGAGGUCGCGGUGUAUAUCCAAGGCGCGACGGUCGGGACGGAGAUCUUGGUGACGUCAGCAUCGCUGCUGAAGGUGGACACGGCGAUGUGGCGACAGCGGCAGAAUGAAAAUAUCAAGAAGCACCGCCAACGAGACGUGACAUUGCGGGUGCACGGAGCAGGGGCAGUAUCAGCGCGCGUGCAGAUCGACCAAGUGACUUCGGAGUUCCCGUUUGGAGCUAAUGUCAACGGCGCGAUCCUCUACGACAAAAACUACCAGCGGGUGGGUGUCGGUGGUCGCUUCAACUGGGCAGUGUUCAACACCAAGGGCAAGUGGUACUUCAACGAGCGGAUGCAGGACCUCCAACCCCUUCCCACCCUUUUCCACCCUUUCCCAUUCCCCCAGUGGUUCCUAAACAGGCUCAACUGGGCAGUGUUCAACAACGAAGCCAAGUG